AGGUACCAAUCUAAGUAAAGAAUUUCUUCUAUUUUAACUCCAUUCUGUUCCUGCUAAUCACAUGAUGUCAACAAAUAAAUGAAUCAUUUUCACGUUUUCUGAUCAACUAUAGAAGGUGUGUUUGAUAAAAUUAGGAGUUUUAAAUAAAAGCCAUAAAUAAAAUGUAUAGAAGCUUCAUACGGUAAUAAUAUUAUCAUCAGAUCACCUGUGUUAUCAUCAGAUCUCUAAAUUAACCUCAAAAAAUGAUGAUGCCAGGGGGUACAGGAGAAGAUACUCUCACUACGACGGGUGGCCAAGUUGAUAAUAUUGUGUUUGCUUUGAUUGAUGCAGCUCUUGAUCGUAAUGACAAUGUGACCCAAGCUAUUCAAACUUCCUUGUGUAGCAUUGGAAAACAUCAACCUAACUUAGUUCUCACUAGUUGCCAUUCCUACCUUGGCCGUCAUCCUAAGCUUGCACUAGUGCACAAAAUCUUAAUUUUAGGUGUGAUAGAAAAAAUAUGUAGUGAAGCUUUGAAUUCUGUGAAAACUAAUGUAGCCGUUAAUCUCAUUAAGUUGGCUGUUGAGGAGAUGACAAGUACCAAGGAAAUCGUACCCGAGUGGCAGAAUUGUUCCAGUGGAAUCCUUGUUUCUUUGGGGAGAAAUUUUAUGAAUGAAGUGAUGGAGCAGCUGCUUAUGAAAUUCACACCUGGUGUCUUGCCUCACUUUUUUGUACUUCAAACUAUGGCCAAUCUUGCCUCUGCCAAUGUUUUUGGAAUGGUUCCUUUUCUGAAAUCCGUUCUUGGGACAAUGUUACCUUUACUUGGAAUGGUAAAGCAAGAAAAUAUAAAGUGGAUAUUCGCAUUUGCUUUGUCCAGAUUUUGUGAAGCAAUUCUGGAAUACAUUACAAAUGCUGAGAAAUCUCCUGACCCUACAGUCACAAGGGACGCUUUCACCAAUGAAAUAAACAGUGCCUAUGAUGUCCUUUUCAACAAUUGGCUCCCAUCAAGAGAAGCUAAAGUGCGUUCUGAAGUUGUAGUUGCUCUUGGUCAGAUGAGCCAUUUGCUUCCAUCUGAAAAGCUUGAAGAACAGCUUCCAAAAUUAAUACCUGCAAUUUUGGCAAUUUACAAACGCCAUCAGGAAUAUCAGCAUACAACUCAGGGAUUAUGUAUGAUUUUAGAAGCUUCAGUUGCAAAUCAUAGUUUAAUUUUGGAGUCCCAACUUGAUAGCAUUCUCAAUGCUCUUUUUCCCCAAAUAUGUUCCUUACCUGAUUAUUCCCAACCAUCUGGAGUAAGAAACCACAAUGAAGUUUUACGAUGGUUUGCAGUUUUAGCAUCUUUAUAUUCCAAUCGUCUGGUUGCGUUCUUGCUUCAAAGGUUGGAAAGUGGAAACGAAGCUUAUAAAAUUGGAGCCCUUACAGUUUUCAAGCAUUUGAUCAACUCAUCGGAAACUCAUAUCUCUGGAAAGAUUCCAUUUAUUAUAUCAGGCAUCAAGCCAGUGUUAGAUUCUUCAAAUAAGGUGAAGAAAAUGAUUGCUCAGGUUAUAGUGACUUUAGCUCAUCAUGAUCAUUUAAAGAAAGAAGGUGGUAUUGAUAUGGUUUGGUUUAUUAUUCAUCAGUGUGCCCUCCCAGAUGAUCCACCUGGUAGAAGGCCUGGUGAUCCUAGUUAUGUGAGUAAUGAAGCUCUGAGGGGAAUGUGUGAAAACGUCAUGCAUUUGUUGACUACAACAGUAGAGAAUAUGGAAAAUAUUCUCUGGCCCACAAUAUUAGAUUGUUUAAUACAAGAAAAUCUGACAUCUGCCGUGAGUCCAAUUUGUAAAAGUCUUACUGCUUUAGCUUCAAAGAAAAGAGAAGAAUUGGGAACUGAUUUCACUAUAAACUUUAACACUCUGAGUGGUAUAACAUCUUCUCAGAUUCUUCUGGCUAGACUUCUUGUUUUGAUUGGAUACCCAUCUGAAGAUCGAGAAAGAGGAAUGCAGAUACUCAAGUUCAUGAAAGUAGUAGUUCCUGCAAUUAAUAAAAAAUUAAUGCCUUUGUGGGACUCAAAAAUUCCUCUUCUGAUUCAGUUAUUAGAAGCAUCUGAUGCUCUUGAGUGGGAUCAGAAAGUGUGGGAAGAUCAAGUUAUAGAUUUUGCCAUUCAAACUCUUGAUGAAGUGGGUAAGGAAGAAUGGAUAUUAACAUUUGGAAAGGCACUCUUAUCUCAGUUUCAUCUAUAUGAAGGCAAUUCUGAUGAUAAGUACAUGCUGUUGAAAAUUCUUGGAUUAGUUUUGAAAAAAGUGAGCAGCAAGAACUUUAUAAAUGAUUCCCUGGACAUCAUUUUUCAGAAUAUAAAUCACUCCAUUCCCAUAGAACAGAAAGGUUGUGCUAUGUGUGUCGGCUAUUGCGGAUCCACACAUUUGGAUGCUGUUCUUGUGAAACUUGAAAAAGUCGCUAAAGAUGACAAGAAAAAUGCUGGAUUUUUAGGUUUUAUCAAGGAAUUUACCGGUGAUACAGAUCAUGAUAAGCUAAAGGCAACUAUUAUACUUUGCUACGGUUAUGUAACUACAAAUGGUCCCAUUCCAAUACUGCUUACCAGAAUAGAAACACCGAUUCUAAGAAGUGUGGCUAGUUUCUACCAAUCCUCUAAAGAUCAUUUGGUGAAGCAAAGCAUGUUAGAAACAAUCAAGUUGAUUGCUGAUGCAAUUCAUCCCGAUCAUCUUCAAGAAUCUUUUGAAUUUCGAUCAAGAUCUGAACUUCUGAAUCUUGUAAAGGCAAUACUUAAGUCGGAAGCUACUCUCUCUCUGACUAGUAAUAUUCGUUCCUUAGCUUUGAAAGCAUCUGCCAGUCUUGUUGCUUUAGAUCCGACUCUGAGUGAAGAAGAGAAGCGUAGUAUCAUUCAAGUGGCGGUGACCACCGUUUAUUCCCUGCCCCGAGAUUAUCUUCUUGAGAAACCGAAAGAAGAAGGACUUGACCCCACUCUAGAUUUUGAUCUGCUGCUCAUAUCCACUGUGGAUGCACUCAACUUUUUUCUUCAAAAACUGUUACUAAAAGAAAGGAGCUACACAAACUUAGUUUCUAUCAUACAAAAUCUUCACCCUUGGAUGAUGUCAAAAAAUGCUGUGGAAAGAGAACGCUGCCUGCACUCAACUUUGCACCUUCUCAGAUGUUAUGCAGAAGCAAGCAGUGGCGACGCUUACACCCCAUUCAAUACCCUUGGAAAUAUUCUCGGAAUGUUGGUGCCAAGGUGUACAGACCCACAAAUCACAGUUCGACAUUUAGCGUUCGACUCGAUUGAUGUUGCAGUUGCUUUGGCCAUGAAACUUUCUAUAUCAACAGUUUCGUUCAAUGAGUCACCAGAAACUACAUUAAAUUUUUUAAAAUCUCAAAUAAUAAGUGAUGAUCCAUCAUCGAUGUUUAUCGUAACUAAAAGUUUAGGAAAGUUUGUUGCUGAGAAACUUCCACUGGACCAGCUCUAUCCAUUCUUAAGAUCUCUUGUGGAUGGCCUUUGCGAUCCCCAUUCACAGAGUUCAUCCGGCGCUUCCGUUGUUCUCAACACUGUCAUAAAGAGCAAGAGCAGGGAAAUCAAAAUAGAGGUGCCAAAUUUCAUUGAUGCUGUCAGAAACAAAUUAUGCUAUAUCCAUUGUCCUCACACUAGAAAAGGGGCUCUGAGAAUCUUCCAGAAUUUAGCUACUCAUCACUUGCCCGCAAUUCUUGUAUCUCUACUCAAUUCACCUGUUCCCUUAGAUGUAAAUACUGUAGAUAUUUGGCAGACUCUUUGUGCAGAAAAAAUUAUCUCUAAUCAUGUAAUUGAAUAUUUUUUGGAUAUAUUUUCGGAUAAUGUUGUGUCGUCCCCGCCAGAUCCACAUGGCAGAAGUAUUGCUAACGUAGCAAACCACAAACCAUUAUCUGCCGUCUGUGCCUUCCGUGAGAUCUUUAAAGUACCUGAAAUGGAGAAUUGUGGCAAAGAACAUUUUGAUAAAAUAUUUGCUUCUCUUGUUCUUGUUGCUGGAGCUUAUUUAGGAGCAGUCUUCCCCACCUACACAGUUGAGAAACAGAAAAAGAAUGACACAAAAAUGUCUUCUUCCUCUUCUCCAAUCAGAAUCGCCAUUGAGACGUUGAAAUUCUUCCUGUUGUGUGUGAAGCAGGAGAUGAUUGUGGCUUCCCUCACAGAUGGUGGUUAUUGGGGAAUGAUGGAAGAAGAAGACAAAUUUCCUGAAGCUGUUGCUGCACUCGGCAGAUCCAUUUGCCUUAAUCUUCCUGAGCAAGUUCCAAAACUCGUAACUUUCUUGAACCCCCUGCUGAACAGCUCAGUCGACAUACACCGCAUAGUUGCUGUUGCUUUCUUUGUGGAAUUCUUGUCCCAGUGUUACAAGGGAUGCAAGAACUUAACUGAACCCCUCAUGAACAGCCUCCUAGGAAGGCUGGUGGAUUCCUCUUCCGUCGUACGCCGGCUGUGCAUCUCUGGUCUUGGAAAUAUUUCAAUGCUUGAUAAGGAACAGAUAGAGAGAUACUCGACCACCAUCUUGUCAGCCAUGAUGACAGGAAUGGAUGAAAGGGAGGAUCCAGGAUGUCGCAUCACACUCGAGGCAAUGAGUGGCCUGUCAGCCAUCCUCGCACAAGUGGCCGAGGAAGAUGUCAGAAACAUACUCAUCAAUAUCGCACUAAGGAUUAAACCUAUGUUCGACAAGCUGCCCAUUAGAUGGAAUGUUUCUUUCUCUAGCUGCCAAUUCGAUGGAAUGUUUCUUUCUCCAGGCAAACUCUUAAAAGUUGUUCACUUACAUAUUAAUCACAGGGCUUUAUUUUUGCAGUCUUGCAAGUAUGGUUUGAGGUUGAUGGGACCUAUUUUAGAAUGUGAAGAAUUGAAUUCUAUGUUCCAAAAGUAUUUACUUGAAGAUUCUCACCUGAAUUAUGGAGAAUUUGUUAAUGGAUUUACAAAAACAGUGAUAGCUAGAUUUCCUGACAAAAUAGGAUUUUAUACUACAACUUGUAUGUCGUACUUAAAAAGUCAAUUCCCACUCAUCCAGUGCAACGCAGCAACGUUUUUAGGUUAUAUUCUUGGGAACCUUCCGCCUGAAAAGCAUAACUUGAUUCCAAAAGAAAGGGUCUGUUCUGCUCUUCUAGUACUGUUGAAAGAUCAAUCCCCAGAUGUGAGAAUCAGAGUGGCUGAAGCAUUGAGCUUAUUACACCAUUAUUGAGUUUAGACGACUUCCUUUGUUUGUUCUGCCUACAAGAACUGAAGAAAAAAUGUGCUUGCAACCUUUUUUUUUAAAAAAGAAAACACAACAACACACACAUAUAUAUAUAUAUACAUAUUUAUGUACAGUUUUCAAUGUGUUGUGAGAUUAUUGUUAGAACAUGGAAUGCCAAUAGAUAUUGGAUUUUCCACAAUGAUCACAAAUUCCAAUUUUUUGACUCUUGUAAAAAAUUUAAAUUACAGAAUUUUUAUUGUGUGAUUUUUUAAUUUAAUUGCCAUUAUUAAAUGUUAAGUUUAUUAUUGUUGAUUUUAUUAUUCCGUUACAAGUUUUAUGUUUCCACUAUGGGCUCUCUGCACUUCCCUGCGAUUGCUAUGCGAUCAUUUUUUUCCUUCCAAAAGAUAAACAGAUUGCUACAUCACAAAUUAAAAACUAUCCUGAAAGAUAUGAAUAUAUUAUAUUUGACACAGAUUUCGUUGCCUAUUCUGUUGGGACAAAAUUGAAACCUGAUCAUUUUGUCUGGUUAUCAUUGGAACUUCAUUUACAACUUUGUUUUUAUAAUUCCUAAUACAGUUGGGAUGAAAUUGAAAUCUGAUAAUUUUCUUUGGUCACUGUUGAAACUUCAUCGACAACCUUUUUUUAAAAAAAAAUUCCUGUUUCAUGAUUAGUUAUUAUAAAAACUUUUUAAAUUUUUAUGAUCUGUGUAUUACCCAAAAUAUUUAACCACUAAGUGAAAAGUUAAUUUUUAAUGUUUUACAAUUUUGUAUUAAUUAUUUUCAUUGCAUUUUUUGACUGGUAUGGUUUAAUGUAAAACAUAUUAUGAAGGUUAAUGUAACUUAUUUGUUACUUUAUAAAUGUAAACGUAGUUACAUAACGUUUUAAAUAUGUUUAUUUUUAAAUGUUUUACACAUCUAAUUUUGCAUAAUAAUCAAAAUCUACGUAAUAAUAGCAGAGAAGAGAUAUAAAGUAUAAUAAAUAAAUAUAGCUUUAAAAGGUUAUAGGUUGUAAAUAUAAUUAGAUAAAAAUACAGAAGAAAUAUUUUACAGGUACAAAAUGCCUUCAAAACUUUAAUAUUUUGCCAAAGCAACUAAGAAAAUCAAAAUCAUUGUUAGGUAAGAAUCAUGUUACAAUCAAUAGAACAGCAAGCAUAAGUUUAAUCAUCAAGUUUCUAUGGUAUUUCAUUCAAUUUGGUUGAUUAAAUGGAACACUGAUAUUUCAAUUAUACAUAUAUAUUAGUUUAUUAGACAACUGUGUUUCCUUUUCUCUAUGAAUAAUAAUUAUACAUAUAUUGAAAUACUUUUGAUUUUUUUUCUUCAUGAAACUGGGGUGCUUUAUGCUUACCAUAGAGUACCUUAUACCCAAGCUUUCCUGAGAUAAUGGGGUGGCUACCAAAAUACCUAAAGGGACCAUUGUGACCCCUCCUGUCAUUCUAGGUAUAAAGUUUUAUGUAUACAUACAUUUCUAUUAAGCUAACUCAUGAAUGAUUAAAUGAGCUCUUAAAUUGGAUCAAAUUAUAAAAAGUCAGAAGUACUCCACCUUUUUAAUAAGUUACUUUUUAAAUAACAGAGCAACAAAAUACCAGAGGGGUAUUUAUUAAGCUUGCGAGUGUAAACAAUGAAAACUGCAGCUAAGAAAUUUUUGAGAAAGCAAGAACUAUUAACUUUUUAUAUAAUUUCUUUUUUUUUCUGAGAGGUUGCAAUGUCAAAAGCUAAGCAAACCAAAAUUGAUUAAAUAUAAAUUUAUUAUUAGUUCUAAUGCUCUAUAAAAUUUCUUUUUUUUUACUACAAAUAAUAAAUGCUACAUAUUUUUGGGAUUUUAAGUGCUUGCUACUAAAAAUUAUUUUAAGACGUUCUAAGAUUAUUUUGCUCUAAACAAAUAUUGGCAUGUCUAAUUGGUAGAUUUAAAAAUAUGUGGAAUGAUGCUAAGUCUCGCUUUUCAAUGGCAGUGUUAGAGAUUUUCUGUAUAAAGAAAUAUUUCCUUAGACUCUCUUUUAGAUGUAAUUCCUUUCCUUUGCCUACUAACUAACCCUCUUGAUUUUUUUUUUGGGGGGGGGGGGUCAUCUUUGUUUCUCGCUAUCACAAAACAAAUUUUCUUCAAAAAAAAAAAUCAUUCCAUUAAAUGUUCUUUAAAUUUCUGUUGUUAUGUUUAAAAAAUAGUGCCAAUCUGUACUUCAAUGCUAAUGUUUGUUUUUCUUGUGAAUAACCAGUUGUGUUUUAUUAGUUUGCUUCUUUUUGUCUAAUUUUCUUGUAAUAUAAUUUUUGAAGAAUUACAAUAAAAACAUAUUAUUUAUCUUACAGUA